AUUCUACAAGUUUCUUUAAAUCAAAAAUAUAUUGUCCCUCCUUUUAAAAUCUUCAAGAAGCGCCAUCUGGUUGUAUUUAGAAAUUAGCAUUAUCCAAAGUUUAAAUAGCAUGCUCAAGUUGAAAACUUUUUAUAAAUACUUUUUAAUAGAAUAAUUAAUAAUUUCACGAAGUAGGUAAUACGAAUUAUGCCGGCUGCAAUAAUGGAGUGCUCAGAUUUUAGUGAAUUUCAGGAAGCUUUGAAGGCUAUGAGAAAGCCUCAUGAUGUGAUCGUAAGUACAAUAAAUACAGUAGUUCCAACAGAUUCUUUUCAUGCAGACGAGGUUGCCGCUUGCAAGAGUCUAUAUGAAAAUUUAGAAGAAGGCAAUAUAAAAAGAGAAAAAUUCAUAAAGAACUGCAUUUCACUUACCACCACUAAGGUUAAAAACCUCAAGGAUCAACGUGAAGGCAACUCUGAUGAUAUCCAGCUUUCCAAAGUACUCAGAGCUGAACAAACUAAGUUACGUAUGCUACAAGUAGAACUUAGCGUAGAAGAUUUAAUAAAACAAAGAACUGCCAAAGUGUUCAAUGAAAGAUGCAGAAGAUUUUAUAAACCCUUAUGAUGGCAUGUCAAGAAUUGACGGCUGUUUGAAGAUUAAAGUGGAAUAGAACUCUUGUCCUUGUAGUAACUUUGUUAAUUGAUUUUUUUAAAUAUAGUUAUGCCUUAUAA